AUCUGAUGUCAUGCGAGUCUCCGAGACAACCUUAACAGUUAAACGCCACAAACAGACGCAGGCCAGGCGUGAAGUAGUUAUCUCGAAAAGGUAACUGCCGUGUAGGCUUGCCCAACCAAGAUGACAACUUCCAACAUCUUGUCGCUUCCCUUCCGGAAGUCGGCCCAGAUAUCCCUGGCGUCGUCAAUCCGCCAGUACAUCUCGAACAAGUACGACCAACACCCAGACAUGUUCCGCCAUGACCUCGAAGUCAUCGACUCCCUGCGACGCGACGCCGUCAACGUGCGCGAAGCCCAUCCCAGCGGAAUCAAGAAGCUGCAGAUGUAUGCCGGCCAGCUGGUCUGGAUAUCCGGAAAAUUCCCGAUUGAUAUCGGCGCCGACUUCAUGUGGUAUCCCGCGCUCGGCUACCAUACCGAGCACCCGCUGGCCCAGAACAACCUCAAGUACGAGCUCAUGAACAUCCUCUACAACCUGGCCGCGCUAUACUCGCAGCUCGCGAUAUCCUCCAACCGCAGCGUGACUGAGGGUCUCAAGGCGGCUGCCAGCUUCUUCUCCCAGGCCGCCGGCGUGCUCAGCCACAUGAAGACCGAGGUGCUGCCGGAAUUGCGCAUGGCCAAUCCGCCCGACGACAUGGACGAGGCGACGCUCGAAUCCCUGAUCCAACUGUUCCUGGCGCAGAGCCAGGAGUGCUUCUGGCAAAAGGCCGUUAUGGACGGCUACAAGGAUGCGUCGAUUGCCAAGCUCGCCGCUCGCGUGUCCGACCUGUACAAUCUCGCCGGAGAGGCUGCCAUGCGCAGCGAGGCCAUCAGCUCCGCUUGGAUUCACCAUAUGAGCGCGAAGCACCAUCAUUUUGCUGCCGCUGCCCAGUACCGUGCUGCUUGCGACUGCCUCGAGAAGAAGAGAUAUGGCGAGGAGGUGGCACGCCUGACUGAUGCCGUUCAAUGCGUGAAUGAGGGGUUGAAGGAAUGCAAGGGCGGCUAUAUCAACAAGGCGGUGGUUGAGGAUCUCCAUGGCUUGAAGAAGCGCGUCGAGGAGGAUCUCAAACGAGCCGAGAAAGACAACGAUGUCAUUUAUCUGCAAAUCGUUCCGCCCAAGUCCGAGCUAAAGAUCCUCGAGCGUGCAAACAUGGCCGUGGCCCGGGUGCCCCCCCAAGUUGCAAAGCCGUACGAGUUCUUUGGAGACCACGCCGAGUUCGGGCCUGCUCUCUUCACGAAGCUGGUUCCAUUUUCCGUCCACGUUGCCGUUUCAAUCUACGAAGAACGGCGCGACCGCCUGGUCAGCAACAACAUCAUUGCAGAGUUGGAGACGAUGACGGCCAAGUUGCACCAGAUCCUCUCCAGCCUAAACCUCCCUGGGUCCUUGCAAGCCCUCGAGAAACCACUGGGACUGCCCGGAACCCUGGUCCAACAUGCCGAGGAAAUCCGCCAGGCCGACGCCUUGAACAGACUUCAGCGUGGCCUCGCAGAUAUCGACAAGCUGUGUGCCAGUGACCGCGCCGUCUUCGAGGAGGGCAAGGCGCUCCUCGCAGCAGAGGAGGAAGAGGACCAGAAACUGCGUCUCAAGCACGGCACCCAACGCUGGACUCGGCCUGAAUCGCGCAUGGACGCGAGCCACGACGGCGGGACCAAGCUGUGGAACCAGGUGGCCGAGAUUGAGGGUUAUUUCGCAUCUAGUACAUCUAGCGACGCCGUGGUACGCGACAAAUUCGCCUCGGUUAAGGACACCCUUGCCCUUCUUGCUGGCCCUGACAGGGGGCUAUUGGACCACAUCCCGAACAGCCGAAAGACCGAGAUCCCAGAGGCCCUCAAGCCCGCGAUUGGGAGGCUCCGAGGCGUCUACAACGACGUUUUGCGUCUGGAGUCGCGGAGGAGGAAGCGGGUAGAGUCGCUUAGAGCCAGAAGUAGGGCCGACGACAUCAAGGGGGAUAUCCUGACAGAAACGGCCCGCCUGGAGCGGACUUACCCAAACACCCCUAUCGUGCCGGCCCAUUUCGAAGAGUUCUUUGACAAACGACUAGACAGCCUGUACGAGUCCGAACUUGAGGCGGUCGAGAAAGACCGUGCAGAUCAGGAGAAGCUCGUCGCCGACCUGGAGCGCGCCAAUCGGGAUUUCGAGGCGCAGAAGAGGAGUGUUGGUGAAAGGGGGAACCAUGAUCGGGAGAAGGUCCUGCAGAAGCUCGACAGCGCUUACUACAAGUACAAGGAUAUCGUGAACAACCUGGAGGUGGGGAGGAAGUUUUACAACGACCUCGGUCGGAUUGUGGAGCAGUUCCGCAACCAGGCGCGCCACUGGGUCAACGAAAGGAGGAAAGAGGCGCGCAACCUCGAAGAGGAACUCUCCAUGCCUCCCCUAUCGUCUCUCUCGCUCAAUCCCAGCCAAGCAUCACAAGCACAGACGUACCAUAGCCCGAACCCGGCGUCUUACUACAUGUCACCGCCACAGUUGCAACCGCAGGCGGCUAGGCAAAGCAUCCACAGCCCACCGGCCGAAGCACAGAUCCAGAGCUGGGCUGAUAACGUGCAGCAACAGCAGCCGCGCCCGUUUGCUCCCAUCGCGCCGGUGGCCAACAUUCAGGGCGCGUGGAUGCCAGAGAUGGGCAUCAGGUUCGCGGGGCCGGGGCAGUCAGCUAACAGAACGGACACGCCGCCCGCACAGCAAGGGGGUGGUAAACCUCCGGCGAGAGGGACGUGGGAGCCGAGUAGCGGGAUUCGAUUUGGCUAACGUGGCUAAGACGGUGUUGGGGGUAGAGAUAAGUAAGGUACAGUGCGAUUGUUGAGCAUUUUCGAAGGGUACUAGAGAGAUAUCCAAUUGUCGCGCAAACAGGAUCGGGUGUCAUUCCGACUCACAGCGGCCGGUUGUUCCAAGUUCCAACCACACUCAAUACAAUGGC